GUGGAAAUGGCCAGUCAAAGCUCCCUGAACAUCCCCACUUCUUCGUCAACGGUUCAAGUGUCGAUCAUCGACCUCACAUACGACCCUUUGGUGCCAACAGGGCUAUUCAUGGGACCUCCACUCAAGGGCUUGGGGAAGCGGACUGCUGUCACCUAUUCAUUCCUUGUCCAUCAUACGGACGCCUCGGGUAGAGGGAGCAAUGUCAUCUUUGAUCUGGGAAUGUCCAAAAACAUGUACGACUAUCCCCCAAAUACUAUGCAAGCCAUCCAUGCCUUAGGCGGCGAUAUGCACGUUGACAAGUGUGUUGAUCAAGUUCUCAAGGAGCAUGGCGUGGCGCUCGACACGAUUAACGCGGUUAUCUGGAGUCACGCACAUCCUGAUCAUGUCGGAAAAUUCUCCCGUUUCCAUGACCGUACCAAACUGGUUGUUGGGCCCGGAAUCAAGAAGGCCUUCUUCGCCGGUUGGCCCGUUUUGUUGGAAGCCCCUGUUAUGAGGGGCGAGUUCUUCGGUCGAAAAGUGGAGGAACUGGCACUGUCUCAAUUCAACCUGGAGAUCGGAGGCCUCAAAGCGCUCGACUACUUCGGCGACGGUAGUUUUUAUCUCCUCUCCGCGCCAGGCCAUGCCCUCGGUCAUCUGAACGCCCUCGCCCGCACCACCGAGGAUACCUUCAUCUAUUUCGCAGGUGACAGCGUCGACCAACUUUCGGUACUGCGGACCCUUUCACCCUCUGACCUUUCCCUAUAUGUGCACGUGCCGAGUCGCAGUUGCCCCGGUGCCGCGCUCCACGCAAGGUCAAAUUAUCCCAUACAUCACAGUGAGGCUCCGUCGCCAGAGAAAGAGGCUGCUGCUCGCGAGACACUCGCGGCCGUUCAGAGGUUCGAUGCGGAUGGCCGUGUGUUCGUGGUGGCGGCCCACGACACGAGUAUACAUGGAAUACUGGAUUUGUUCCCGAAAACAUCAAAUGACUGGCAUGCUAAAGACUUGAAGAAGAAGGGUCGUUAUUUGUUCCUG